AAAUAAGACCUAUAAAAUGUAUGUAGCAAUGCUCGUUAUAAAAUUUAAACGUCAAAAAUUUGAAUUUAUGAAAAUAAUAACUGUGUUGAUUGAAUGUUUAUAAUAUUUUUCGGAAUAUAAUAAGUUCAAAUGGAGGAUUUUGAUGUAUUUACUAACGAAAUUGAAUAUACCAAGCCAGUUUAUAAAAACAUACUCAAUAAGUAUGUAAAAGAUAUACCGAGCACUCCUAGCGGACCGAAUUAUGAAAGUGGAAGGAAACUGAUGGGAGUUGAACAUUUAGCAGAGGGUCAAGAGAAAGAGUGCGCAUUUUAUUUCAGUGAAUCUGCGUCAUCAACAUUACGAACACUCGCUGUAUACAGAGACGAACAAAUACGUUAUUCAGAUAACAAAUUAAGUAAAAUAACAACAUAUAUAAAACCUGUGCAAAAUAUUAUCGAUGCUAACCCCAUAUCAAAAGAUGACGAAGAGUUAUUAAAUCUCUUAUUAGAUGAUACUGAAGCUGAGGAUAUAUUAAAAGAAUAUGAAUAUGAUGAUAACUUGCCUUUUUAUAAAAGGUAUAUGAGAUUUGGCCCACAGAACAAUGUUGACAACUUCCUUAAGAUAUUGAGCGAGCUCCCUAAAGAAUGGACAAUAAUCCAAUUGACGGCCCCAUAUAAUCCCAAUGAAAAUUUGAAGCUGUUUGUCGAGUACAGGACGGAAAUAGAUUCUAUUUAUCUCACUUUACUCUCCAAUGACUAUUUGGAUCAAGAUAUCGGACCAAUAACUAUUGAAAUACCAGCAAAUGUGACUAAAGGUGAAGAAAAACCCCUUUUUGAAGAGUUAUACUCACUCCUGGAUGAAAACUACAAGACCAUAGAUAAUGCUCAAUUCUUGAACAACAAACGCUUGGUGCAAAAUUAUUGGAGCAGACGUGAAGAUAUUGAUUUGAGAUUGAAGAGUGUCAUCAAUGUAAUGUAUAAGGAAUGGCUCGGAGGAUGGUCCAGCUUACUCAACGGGAAGCUAAUGGAUACUAAAAUAAGGGAUAGACUGAUAAAUCUAGUGGACAUGGCUAUAGUUGACUGGGGAUUUUUAAAACUAACGAAGAAACAAAAAGUCCUUCUGUACAACUUGCUUGAGAACAGUUCAGUGUUGUCAUCUCAACAGAUUAAAUCAUGCUUAAGAAAAAUUUUAACCGAACAUGGCAACACAGAUGAUGUGAGGAAAUUCUUAAACGCGAGUGAUUGUGAAAAUUGUAAUAAAGAUUUUAAAUUUUUAAACGAAUUGUGUUUAAAAUGUUUGUCGAAGUGUUUCGAGAAAAUUCAUAAUUUUACACUUGUCGAUGGUAUAAGAGCUUUCUCUCAAGUUGCAUUGAAGAUAAGAGAUGGCGACGAAUGGGAAGACUUGAAGAAGGCGAAACGAAACCCGGUUAUACUAAUUGUCGAUGAAAUGCUUGAUACAUUUCCGUGGGAGACCCUGCCAAUAAUAAACCAGCAGCCUGUAUCGCGUAUAGAAAACAUUCACUUCCUGUACAUGCUGUAUAAGGUCCACGAGGAUCGCAUUGUCGAUGGUUAUUUCAAGGCAAAUGCUGAUGUUGGCAGAUACAUUAUAAAUCCUGAGAAGAAUCUCGAAAGGAUGGAGCUGCGCAUGAGCUCGUUCGUGCAGUACUGGUGCCCCUCGUGGAGCGGCCACGUGGGCCACGCGCCGCCGCCCGAGCGCUUCGUGCGCGACCUGGCGGACGCCGACGUGUUCCUGUACUGCGGGCACGGCGACGGCGUGGCGGGCGGCGGCGGCGGCGCGGGCGUGGAGCGCGCGUGCGGCCGCGCCGCCGCGCUGCUGGCGGGCUGCGGCUCCGUGCGCCUGGCGCGCCCGCCCGCGCGCGCGCCCGCCGCCGCCGCGCACCACCACCUGCACGUGGCCGCCUGCCCGCUCGUGCUGGGCAUGCUGUGGGAGGUCACCGACCUGGAGGUGGACAAGGCCGUCACGGCGCUGCUGGCGCUCGCCGUGCCGUCCGCCGCGCCGCUGGCCUGGCGCCGCGUGGGCAAGGCCGACUGGAGCCGCGGCGUGCUCGACCUGAACGUGGAGAACAGGGAGCCCGUGCCGCCCGAGAGGGACGUGCUGCGAGCGAUGUGUCGCGCUCGAGGCGCUACCAACUUCAUGAUGAUCGCCAGCAGCUUGGUGGCCAGAGGGAUACCGGUCAGGAUGCCGGACGAGUAGGUAAUUCCUGGAUUUUAUAAAUUAUUUAUGUGAUGUUUAAUCGUUGUUCAUGUGCUUAAGAAUUAUUUAUGCUAGAAAUGUUGGUAAAAUGUAAAUAAAACUUUUUUAAUUAA